GACCCGGACCAGAAGUACCAAACCGUAGAUAAGAGAAGUUGAACUUCGAAAUUGCGCGUCUGUUUCCGCUCUUUUUUUCGGCUCUUCAGUUUCUCCACGUUCAUGCUCCUUUAAGUCAAGUCUUCCUCCAUCUCUCUUCAUAUCGAAACCCACCAACACGACGAAGGAAUCCAUUUGAGAGAAGGCAACACAAGGCCAUAGAAUAUCAGAAAAUAGUAGAAAACAAUCUUCACUUGUUAAAUAUCAACUAGUUUCAAGAUAGUAAUUCACAACGAGGGAAAUACAAGAUUCCCUUGCUAGCAGAUUCAAAUUUCUACAUCCAGUUUUAGUAAUUAUUACAUGGAAACAGCCAAUGGUCCUUCAGUAGCCAGCAUUGGGAACAAAAGAAAGCCAAGAGUAAGAAACGCAAGAAAAUAUAAUGUGAAAGAUAUAUGUAAUUCAGCUUAUAAGGAGGCUGAGGGAGGUGGCUUGCCUAGCAGUGGUGAUUUGAAUAGAAGAGGUGAUGAAGCAGUUCUUUUAUCAGAUGUGGAUGAAACUAAACAUGCUUCACUUGCUAUUAAUGACAAAGAGAAUGCUCUGUCAGAAAGUUUGGCUUCCUUAUCAAUAAGAGCACCAGCUAGAAAUUUGAAGAAAAAACUUCUUAUUCUUGAUUUGAAUGGGGUUCUUAUAGACAUGAAGUUUAGGAGACCCUUUUGUCUUGGCUUCCUAAAGUUCUGCUUUGAGAGAUUUGAAGUGGGCAUUUGGUCUUCAAGAACUAAGAAGAAUAUUGAUAAAGUCAUUGAUUAUUUGAUGGGAGAUUUGAAGCACAAGCUGCUGUUUUGUUGGGAUGCAUCCCAUUGCACUGUGACACGAUUUAAAACCCUGGAAAACAAGCAUAAGCCCUUGGUUUUCAAGGACUUAAGGAGGAUCUGGGAAAAACACGACCCUGAACUUCCUUGGGAGAAAGGAUUUUAUAAUGAAUCAAAUACAUUGUUAGUAGAUGAUUCACCUUACAAAGCGCUGCUUAAUCCUGUAAAUACUGCAAUAUUCCCUUAUUCAUACCAGGGUCAGGACUUGAAGGAUAAUGCUUUAGGUGAUGGAGGUGAUCUUAGAGUUUAUUUGGAAGGAUUACUUGAAGCUGACAAUGUACAAAAGUUUGUAGAGCAAAACCCAUUUGGUCAAAAACCUAUAACUGAAAGAAGUCCAACUUGGGGCUUCUACCUGAAGGUUAUGAACACAAUGUAUCCAUACUGAGCCAUGAAAUAAUUUUUCUUAAUCUUAAUUUUGGAUAUGGUUUUGCUAGUUAAUUAUGAAGUUUACAUAAGCUUUCUAGAAGAGAGAGAGGGAGGGUGGAACAGCUGUUCAUCAACACUUCAAAUUGCUGUUCUGGUGCAUUCAUAAGGACUAGUGUUCGUUAGUUACUGCAAAUAUAUGCUGAUCAACGUUAAACUCGGUUUUUGGAGUUGAAAAAAUUUGAUUGACAUUGUGCAGACAUCAGUUCUUGAUAUCAUUCAUUUAGAGAAAACUUUAUCACAUGUAUUUUUCAUAAUAGCACCUCUCUGAUUCAUGUUAAAGAGCUUAUUGCAUUCUAAACCAAAUUCCAAUCCUUAUAAGAACUUCCAAGCAUGCAAGUCUUUUGUGGUGCUUGCAUGGAUAUUAUUGUAUUUGAAUUUUGCUUUUGAAUGGGAGAUAUCUGAUUUUCUUUUCA